AUGGAUGGGAAUAUGGAUGGCAAUAUGGAUGGCAAUAUGGAUGGCAAUGUGGAUGGUAAUGUGGAUGGUAAUAUGGAUGGUGAAAUGGAUGGUGAAAUGGAUGGCAGUGUGGCGGGUGGAGCGGCAACACGACAGGUGCAGCGCAGUGAAUGCGCAGUGGCGCACACAGAAAAGUGGGUCGAACGAGAGCACUGGGUGGAGGGAGCAAGAGUGCGCCCACUGCGGAGAUGA